AUGGGCUGCUCCAGCAGCGCCCUCAACAAGGCCGGCGAUAGCAGCAGGCUCCGCAGCGGUGAGACAGGAGAAAAAGUUGAAACAGAGAUGGAGAAUGAGAAAGGAAGUGAAGGGCCUGGAACAAAAGAAGAAGAAACAGGGGAAGCUGUGGAUCUUUCAGCGGCCACAUAG